CACAGUACGUGCAUCUUCCUAUUCCGAGACAUGACAGACCAAUCCUCUCCACUCUUGUAGCAACCAUCAGCAAUAUCUCCAACACGAUGGCGGUUGACCCAGUGACCAUUACCACAGCCAUCAUCACCCUCAUCGACGCGCUCCAACGGGCCAUUUCUCUUCUGGACGACUUUACCAAUGCGGAACGGAGGGUGGCCGUGAUCAGAAACGACUUGGUGCUGACCCACAGUGUCCUCCAAUAUAUCAGACAACAACUUGCAUCGGCAAGGGAGCCCCCGACGCUCCUCAUCGAAGGCGAUGGGAACCCUGAUGCCACCGUAAACCUGAGGAAUAUUCUCAGGGACAAUGUGACACAACUACAAGCCGAUGUCAACGCCCUAACAGACGAGCUUGAGGCCCUUGGUGGCCCCGGCCGUCCGGAAACGAGGAUUGGGAGGCUGAUAGCGAGAGGCCAAGUAGCAUGGAGGAUGUCGUACUUGGAACGGAUGGAUCAGAGCAUCGUAUCAAAACGUAUGCAGCUGGAGUUGGUUCACAACAGUCUUAAAUGCCAAACCCCGGAUCGCCGAGCUUCUGACGACGACAUACUGGUGGCUACUUUCUUGAGGCAAUUCUUGCCGCGUCGAGAGUCUAACGAGUCUUUGCCUGUUCCUGAUUUUGAGGCCCAGCAGAAUAUCGCCAGGGCCGUGAGAGAUGGGAACAAAGCUAAGCUAGAGACUCUGCUCCAGCAUGUCUCUCCCAACUGCCAUGUGACAGUCAGGGGUAGGGAGCUCUCUCCCCUACACCUUGCUACCAAGCGAGGUGAUCUUGCCAUGGUCAACUUUCUCAUCACACACGGGGCCAGGAUCGAUUGCUGUGGCUGGGACGAGGACACGCCACUCACGCUGGCCAUCUCCCACCGCCAUGCAGUUGUUGCUCUAGCGCUAAUUCGGCGAGGAGCAAACAUACUGCUUGCUGACCGGCAAGAGCGGACCCCUCUACACCACGCCGCCAGGGAGAACCUCUACGCCGUGGUCCAAGUUCUCAUCCACAAUGGCGCCGACCUAAACGCCUACGAUACGGCAGGCAGGACGCCCCUAAUGAACGCGGUCCGCCGCAGUGAUCGUGAGAUCCAGCCCUAUGACACGAACGUGUUGCGUGUCCUUCUCCGUCCAAACAGGCAGGGAACAGCUGCAGAUCCGGCGCUAGGAACG